GUGCACACCUCUUGACCGAGUCAGCAGGAAGGUCGAUUUUCUUUGUGUUUAAAGAAAAAAAAAUGUCCCCGUGUCUGUAGAGAUGAUUUGCAGUUCAGCCCGGCUGAAGCUGACCGAAUGAGACUAUGGGCUGUGCCUCUGCCAAGCAUGUUGCCACUGUUCAAAAUGAAGAGGAAGCCCAGAAGGGGAAAAACUACCAGAACGGAGAUGUGUUUGGCGAUGAGUAUAGGAUCAAACCGGUGGAAGAGGUCAAAUACAUGAAAAAUGGGGCAGAAGAGGAGCAGAAAAUAGCAGCCAGGAACCAAGAAAAUUUGGAAAAAAGUGCCAGUUCAAAUGUAAGACUUAAAACCAAUAAAGAGAUUCCAGGAUUAGUUCAUCAACCCAGAGCAAACAUGCACAUCUCUGAAAGCCAACAAGAAUUCUUCAGAAUGCUGGAUGAAAAAAUUGAAAAGGGUCGAGAUUACUGUUCGGAAGAAGAGGAUAUCACAUAGCACCAAUUCUCCCACUCAAACCCGGAGCUACUACUGUGUAAAUAGGUUACACCCCAGUUGAAAUCUUUGCAAAGGUCGGUUCUCUUCAAUGAACAGCACUAUAGCAAAAGAAGAUCGUUCCAUAUCGUAUGCCCCAUUAAAUUACAGUGUUUCUUAAAGAACUUGCAAAGGAAUAUUGCUAAAAUCAAACAAAAAACUGUUAUUGAACUUUCUUUGUUGCUGCUAGUUAAAACUUGUUGCAACUUUUCACUUCUCGUGUCCAGGUAUGCAGCAAAAUUCUGCAAUUUCACCUUAAAGAUCCUGUUGGUUUUACAGAUGCUCUCCGACCUAUUUUCUAUAAGAUGAGGUAGUGGUGAACUCAGAUAUCAGACUUUAUUCUAGACGGUUCCGCUUCUAAGACAAGCAUCUCCUUCCCCCCUCCCUUGCUGUCUCUCCCGAGCGGUCCAGAGCCUUGCUUCUCACUGGCAAUGUUGCGCUUUAGAGAUGGGAUGGUUGCUAUGGCAAGCUUUGUUUCUCUGCUAAGAAGCAGCAGAGAAGCUAUUAUAGGUUAAAAGCAUGUUGUGACAUGACUCCUGGAAGUGACAUAGGAGCGAGCAGCGGGUUCUUUCAUUUACUAGGUAUCUUAAUCAAGGAUUAAGCUUGCAACAUUGGCUUUGCUCAGACGCAGACGGAAGUGUGAUCACAAUCAUUUCGAAUCCCUCUUCCCCACUUUUUUUUCUAAGAAAAUAAACAUUUUACUGUUUUUAUGUAUCCUUGUCUUCUCCCAUUCAUCCAGUUCAGUGUUUUGUGAUGAUCCUGGGUGUGGAAGUUGAGCCCUCCUUUGCAGUGACACCAAGAAUUGAUCUUCGUGGCUCCCUACCCUCCCAUUAGUAAUCCACCAAGCCUCGGCAGGGCUGUGAGUGGUCAGAAGAGAUGAGGGGAGCUCUCAGGACUUUUCAGGAGCCCUGAAACCACCCCGUUACCUUUCAUUUCGUUAGCAAAUAAACCAUCCUACUGCCUCAUUCUCUCCCUUCGAAAUGUCACGUGAGCCUUGCCUCUUCCUUGUCUGCUCGCUCGCAGCACUGGAUAGUGAGUGAGAAUUGUUUGCCUUCUGGAAAACAUGGUACCUUUACACUGGUGAUGAUCUUUGGAGAUGCACAGGCCAAAGCCCCAGGGCAGAAGUGGGAAUGUUAACUGUGGGUUUGGUAGAGUUUAUUUUUCCAUAUUCUAUGAAGAGAAUGAUCUCUUCUGAAAGACAGAAGUAAUAUUUUUAACAAAUGUUGUCACAAGUAAAUAGCAAUCAAAAGGAGAAAAUAACUUUUGUAUUUUUUUAACGCAUUUGAUAGCUUUGCCGAGGGUUCUCUUUGUUACUUUCAGGGGAGGGCGCCCUAUUAAAUGCUAUGCCAGCGGUCCAGGUUUGGGUUUGUCCCACAAAAACACAGAAGGAGCACCGGAGGUUUCUCUCUUUGGGGUUGUGAAUACAAAGGGCCUCCAUAUCGGGCCACACUGCCAACCUCCGAAGAUGGGUUAGUUACUAUGUUCUGGGUAGUCAGAGAGGUCACCUGCCACAGAAUAGAAGAAGCUCUAUUUGUUCUUGCUGAGAUGAGCCUGGACUUUAAAAUCCAUCCACACAAUUGAUGGCACCAUUGAUGUGCUAAUGGUGAGAUUCCUUAUCUCCUUUUAGACCCCGGGCACAAAAGUGAGAGGAAGGAAACUCAGUCCAGAGCUAUUGAAAAUGGACUCAAAUGUUAGCAACAAAAGCCCUUAAUUCUUUCAGCCAACAGCAGCUAUUCUGGGGAGCAGCUGUGGUUGUUACAUAAAUAGAGACACAGCCCAAAUGUAAGGCUUUUUAUCCUGCUUCAAGCAGAAAAAUGCAAGGAGAGUCAAGUCGCCUAAGGUUUUAAGUUCCCUCCCUUUGUAUGGUUUUUGGCCAAGUGACUAAAAUAGUUUUCCUCAACUGUAAACGAACUGCUAAGCCCCACCUCAAACUCGGCCCCUCCAGACUUUGUUCACUGUUAUGUGGAUGACCUUUUCCCUGGAUUUCUUGUUCUGAUCAAGCAAGAAUGAA